CAAAUUUUUCCUAUUCCCUAAGCUCUGACCUUGACACACGAAGCAGAUGGUGUCCACUCAACAUGUCGACUGCCUCAAGCCCGCCGGACGAUCCCAACUGGGCAUUCCUUUUCAAAGGGAAAAGCCUUUCUAGUCCACGAACUAUCGAUCUCAUCGGAGAUUAUGCCGGGGACGAACUGUUCGUCCUGGAGGGCGACUCGCUCCUACGCCACUGCUUUUCCGACGAUAUGCUAGAUUUUGACCUCGGAUUUCAGCUCCUUCAUGCCACUUACAUCGUCGAGAGAUUCCUCGCACAACUCCACCAGAGGAAGUGUCACUUUCACAUCGUCUUCUUCGCAUCCCAUUCAGAGGCAUGCAUCCCACAGCACAGCAGCGCGGAUAACUGGUCGAAGUAUCGCCUAGCUCGUGAAGUCAUCCUGCAACAUAUGAGUCGCCACUUACCAGAAACUAUCCCGUCCAUGCACAUCCGCUGUUUCGAAAGGCACGACUGCAAGGAUUUCGACGACUACCUUGUGGCAACCCGUGCGUACUUCAUCAUGUGUCAUGAUGGGGAAGAUCUAGCGAUCCAUCACCAGCCUUGCGCCGAGAAAGCAGAAAAUUCUGAUGCCCUCUAUAUGUAUGAUGAGGAAAAGCACAACACCUCGGGACUAGACGACGAGAAUUCCUCUGGGAAGGUACGACUUGAAACUGGUGCGAAGCCUAAUGAAGCCGCCGUGAACAACUCCGCUACGUUCCGAACUUUUAUUUCUUGGUCCCUGUCUCGCGGCUAUACAGUCUCGCUCAUCAAUAGUCUCGAGCUUCGGGAUACUAAGGUCAUUUCGACAAUCCUCGAGGGAUCGGGUGUGUCUAGACAGAAGUCGUCCGAAGAUCAGGAUGUGGACUCGAAAUCUGUGCACGUGUCCCACCCUGCGGUCAGCUCCCCUGCAGGUAAACCAAGUGAACGAAUCAAGACAAGUUUCAGGAGAGUUUACGAAACUGUCCCACGUCCGAGCCUAUCUCAGCGCGAAUGGGCCGUUGUAUUCACUCUUAGUGCUUUGGGAGAAACUGGCAAACAACGUAAGAAGGCUGGCAAAUGCAUGGAAGCUAUGUUGCUACACACGGCAGUUCUGUCCGAGUGUCGACUGUGUGACCGCCCAUGUCAACCCGAUGCUUCUGGGCCCGGGGCGGAUUUCCUGAGACAGUACAACGAUAUGGCGCUGGCCGUCUUGCAGUCUCCCUCCUGGCAAGAAUUCACUGCGGAUGACCAUGUGCCCAGCGACUUAAUCGAUAUGAUUGACGGAAGGAUCUUUCUCGGAACUCUGAACAGGGAUCAGAACUUGAGUGUAGCAAUGCUUAUCAGCCCUACGGUAGUGGAGAGAUACAAUCUCCUCGUAUCAACACUCAGCAAGAUCUGCACACAAGAGAUUGCCAGAACUAUCAUGACAGGAGACGGUGCCAUGUCGGCAAACCGCCAGUACCAGGAGCACACGCAAGUCACAAGCCUCUCGAGAUGCAAGAGCCACUCGAAUAUCUUGGGCUCUGUCAUGCCUUUCAGUAACCCCAUUUUGGACAAGCACCUGGGACCCAUUUCAUUGGACAUUGAACCUUCUGCUCUGGGGAUUUCGAGUUCUGCACGUUCGAAACCGUUCACGGAGCGAACCCAUUGGCAUAAUGCCCGCCGUCCCUUGGACGUGAAGCAGCCCGCCGCACCGCCCGAGAAGAUUCAACGUCGUUAUCAGCGCUUGAUGAGAGAUAUCAGGCAGUAUGCUCUUAGUCUCACAGAUGCGACCGGAGGCAUCUUGCAGCCCGAAAAAGUGUUUCGAGAAUCGAAAGGAAUUGCGGAUCGCAGAACUACCAGAAACCAGGAGAAUACCCGUCGUUCCACAGGACCCAAUCCAUCAUCCAAGAUUCAGGACAAGCAAUUAAUGUUUAUCAAGAAGCAGAUGGAAGUGUGGCAGGACCAGCGCCGCUGCUUCGAUAAAGAGCCAAGUCUUGCCCAGCGAUACGUGAACACCAAGUCCUACCUUGAGGGCUUGCCAGAAGAGAAGCGAUGUCAUUUAGAAGCUGAAGUUCUAACAUACUUGAUAAGCACCCUGGUUGGUCUUUGGCGCAAGCGAUGCUUCGCCUCGAAAAAAAGCCAGUCAAUGCAUAUAGUGGCCCUCAUUUGGCAUACAAUUCUUCAAAUCACCAAGGUGCCAGUGGGAGUAACUCAAGAUAUUAUCCAGUGCAUCUCGAAAACUUCGAUAGCACUAGGCCUUCCGGAAGUCAACCUAGUCCCUCAUGGCAAUCAAUCCCUGACAUUCGAGUUCGCGUUCCCGGGAGCCGAUACUGAGGGCUUACACAUAGGAUUGUCAUUUCGUGAGUUUCAGCUUCUCCACGCAGGCCCCUUUCUCGAUCGCAACAUGGAGUCAGCGCCAGACUCCCGGGUCAGGGGUUUUGCGCCUGAUAGAUGGCAACGAGAGAUCCUGGAUCAGAUAGAUGCCAAGGCAAGUCUUUUUGUGGUGGCUCCUACCAGUGCUGGGAAAACAUUCAUAUCGUUCUAUGCGAUCAAACAAGUUCUCCAAGACAGUGAUGACGGAGUCCUGGUGUAUGUCGCACCCACCAAAGCCCUCGUCAACCAAGUCGCCGCAGAGAUCGAAGCACGAUUCACCAAAACCUACAAGCACGCUGGAAAGUCUGUUUGGGCCAUUCACACCCGUGAUACUCGAGUCAACAAUCCGACGAAGUGCCAGGUACUCAUCACAGUGCCACACAUUCUUCAAAUCAUGCUUCUUGCGCCAGGUAACGCAAAGUCAUGGUCCUCCCGCAUAAAGCGAAUUAUCUUUGAUGAGGUGCAUUGCAUUGGUCAAGCCGACGACGGCGUAGUCUGGGAACAGCUACUUCUUCUGGCACCAUGUCCUAUCGUCGCACUCUCUGCAACCGUCGGCAAUCCCAAAGAGUUCAGCGAUUGGCUGAGCCUGACACAACGGGCAAAUGGCUUUGAGCUGAAAACAGUGGAGCACAAAGUCCGCUGGUCGGAUCUCAGGAAGUACAUCUAUCGUCCACCAGCCAGGUUUAACUUUGAUGGCCUCCCGGGGCCCGCAGUGCUUCCAGUCCUCGGUCUAGAUGGAUGUGCUGACAUGGAGUUCAUACACCCCGUAACGAGUUUGAUCGACCGUUCAAGGGGCAUACCAGACGAUCUUUCACUUGAGCCCCGCGACUGCUUGAAGCUCUGGCAAGCAAUGGUCACAAAUCAAACAAAGGAAUUUGCCCUUGAUGCCUCUCUAUCUCCUUCAGCCAUGAUGCCGGAAAUCAUGACCAAAGCUGAUGUUUUCCCAUUCGAGGCUAGAUUGAAAGCAGUUCUUGCAUCAUGGAUGGGAGACCGGAAAUCGCCAUUUGACGCCGUGGUGCAGGAGCUAUCCGAGAACGCUCUCAGCAACAAGAAAACUGAUGUUCAUUCUUCAUCGACUGCGAACAGUCAUCACACGAAAUUGGUCGGCCUAGAAGCCCUGCUGGAUACGACUCUACCGCUCAUCUACGCUCUCUCCGAGCAAGGCGCCCUUCCGGCCCUGUUUUUCAACUAUGACCGGAGCUGGUGCGAGAAAAUCUGCCAUCACAUUUGUAGCGAGCUGCAGAAUGCCGAAAGAUCUUGGAAAGAGUCUGAUGCAGAAUGGAAAAGCAAACUGGCCCGUUUUCAGGCAUGGAAAAAGUCCAGCUCGAGUCGUGUCAAAAAGGCCACAAGCCACAACGCCGACAAGGUAUCACGGGCAGACCGACUGCGAGAAGCUGCCUCAGAGGAGCCCGACUGGUACGCGUCUUUUGACCCCGACGAGCCGCUUGAUAGAUUCUCUCUGGCCAAUGGAAGGGCACUAUCGAAAUCGGACUUUGAAACAUAUGCCGCGGAGCUAGAAUCCUUUGAUGUACCUGAUAGGUUCAUCGACGCGCUGAGACGCGGAGUAGGCGUUCACCAUGCAGGUAUGAAUCGCAAAUACCGCAAUGUGUGUGAGAUAUUGUUUCGGAAGGGGUUUCUGCGCGUCGUCAUUGCCACUGGCACGCUGGCGCUGGGUAUCAACAUGCCCUGCAAAACAGUCGUGUUUGCAGGUGAUUCGGUGUUUCUAACAGCGCUCAACUUUCGACAAUCUGCGGGGCGGGCAGGUCGCCGUGGCUUUGACUACUUGGGUAAUGUCGUCUUUCAGGGCAUCUCUGAUCUGAAAGUCCGUCGCCUCAUGAGCUCCAAGCUGCCUGACCUCAACGGACACUUUCCCAUCACCACCAGUCUAGUUCUUCGUCUUUGUAUUUUACUUCAUGAAUCGGACCAGGCUAUCCUCGCAAAGAAAGUUGUUGACUCGAUCCUGUCAAGUCCGCGCAUUUACCUUGGCGGGCCAGAGUCCAGACAGACGGUGCUUCACCAUCUACGCUUCUCGAUCGAUUACCUCCGGCGCAACCAACUCCUCGAUGAGACUGGAGUGCCACUCAACUUUGCCGGCGCGAUUUCCCAUCUUUACUACACCGAGAACUCCAGUUUCGCUCUCCACUCUCUCCUCAAAGCGGGAUAUUUCCACCGCUUGAGCAAGCAUCUCGAUGAGAAUCCUGAACGAACCCUCCGCACCCUAAUGGUAGUCAUGUCGCACCUAUUUGGCCGCCGGCCCAUUCAUGCCUCCGUCAUCAAGCGCCACCUUAAACGCCACAAACAGUCAACCUCUGUGGUAGUCCUUCCACCACUUCCCCGUACAGCUGAGCGAAUCCUGCGGUACCACAAUCGCGAGACCUUGGACAUCUACUCCACUUACGUCGCUACCUUCGUUGACCAGCACCUCCACGACCCAGAUGAUGUGCUUCCAUUGACCAAGCUGAAACAAGGCGGCACGAAUUCAAUCUCUCAAUUCACCGCCCGUGACAAUCGCACAAGACCAGCAGUCAUGUGCCCGACCCAGGCGGCGAUCACAUCAGCCUUCGUCGCCCUAUCCUGUCCUGACCCCCCCAAGACCAUCGCACACCUCUGUAAAUCAGUGCGUCAGGGAGUGUGGCUCGAACAGUCCGUUAUCCCGCAUGUGCCAGUUGAGUCGGACGGAGAGGCAGGCCCGCUGAAUGCGUAUUUGUAUGACUUCUUUAAGCAUGGCAACAAGUCGGCGCUAGAUAAGGAGAACAUGAUUCGGCGCGGUGAUCUGUGGUUUCUGUUGAAUGACUUCUCUCUGAUACUAGCGACGAUUGUCGCGAGUCUCGAGAAUUUUCUAAAGUCGGAUGCGAAGUCAUCAGUGGGGGAGCCGGAUGAUUUGGGAGUUAUGGGAUGCGGGGAUGCGCAGGAGGAGAAGGAUGAGGUUGACAGCUUGGCCCAGUCUGCUUUGCCCGUGAGGGAGAAGAACCCGGUGGCGAAGCAGAAGGCGAAUGAGAAAAAAGGCAAGACUGUCUUCGCCCCUGAUCCCGAGGAAGAAGUACCGGACAGUUGGGAGGAUAUGAUGGACAAUGCAACCAAGAGCAAUGCGGAUACUGUUCCAGCUGGUCUCGACGAGACAUUGCCCACCGACCACGACGAGCAGGGCCAAGGGAAAGUAUGCCAGCAAAUGGAAUCCGUGUUCGACCAAGAUGGAUUGCAACGAGUUCUCGAGAUGUUUCAACUGUUGCGGACGGAGUUCAAUGCUAAGUUUAAGAAGAUGUGGGCAUAAUGUACCGGCUUCCUUUCGCGGAUGGAUCUUUGUAUCACACUGUGGAUAUGGUGAAGCAUUUAUUUAGAAGCAUUGAUGCAAAUUCAAUAAAAUCCGC